AUGCGCCCGACCUAUGUUGCCAGGAAGUAUUUGAGGAGCUGGUUCCUGGUGGACCUCACGGUGGUGGUCACCGACUGGGUGCUUUUGGUCUCCAGUGGGCUGGAUGACAUGGAGAUCCUGAGGGUUCUGAGGCUGGGGGGUCUCCUGCGCGUCCUUCGCUUGCUGCGGAUUUUCAAGGUGGCAGACCGCUCGUCCAUCGUGAGGCUUAAGGAAGCCAUUCUGAACGACCACAACAAGGCUGUGAGCAGUGUCUUGCAACUCCUUUUCGUGGUGGUGAUGAUCAACCACUAUGUGGGCUGUGGCUGGUUCGCCGUCGGCCAGGUGGAGGGCUUUGACAAGAGCUGGGUCUCGGAGCAUCUCACGGCCGAGGCUGUGCCGGUUUCGCGCGGCCCCGGCGAAAACCCCGAUCAGCAGGUGCUGUCGCAGUAUUUGACGAGUGUCCACUGGGCGGUGACUCAAUUCACACCGGCAGCGAUGGAUGUGGUGCCGGUGAACCCGGCGGAGCGGAUGUACGCCAUUGUGGUGAUCUUUUCGGGGCUGGUCAUGUUCUCCUCUUUUGUCAGCAGUAUGACAAGUGCGAUGGAUUUGAUCAACAAGCUGAACUUUGAACAAAGGCAAAAGAGCACCGCCUUGCGCCAGUACAUCAAAGAGAACCGGGUGUCUUUGGAACUGCUCUUCUGCAUCCAGAACUACCAGAGGUCCACCCGGGCGUUGGAGCGAAAGAAGCUGCACGAAGCAGAUGUGGCAGCCUUCAAGAACUUGCCGGAGGACUUGCUACAGCGACUUCAUACAGAGGUCUAUGGUCCCGUCAUUGCUGCUCAUCCGUUAUUCGGUCAUUUGCAUGGGAAGGAGGACACAAUCUUGAUGGGCAUUUGCCAUUUGGCCAUGUCUGAGUGCAGCCUGGUGAUCGGCGAGGAGCUCUUCCGAUAUGGCGUUCGAGGCUCCAAGAUGUAUUUCAUCGUCUCCGGGACCCUGGCGUACUUCUUCGGCUACAGCGAGAAGAUCCCCAAGCUGUGCUCGGCAGGGCGCUGGAUGUGCGAGCCGGUCUUGUGGUGCAAGUGGGAGCAUCGAGGUCGUUUGACGGUGGCCACGACGCAGAACCUCCGCAUGCUGGCAGAGCAGAAUAUCAGUUCCUUGCGUGGAGAGUUUAUGGCGCUGAAUGCCGCAGAGUUCCAUCAAAUCAUCUCGCAGUCGCAUCUUUUGAGCUACAUGCAGGCGUAUGCACGGAUUUUCACUGCCAUGGCUGUGAAGGAGAGUGGAGGCGCUGCCGACGUGGAUGACUUGUGGGGAAGCGUUCAGCAAGUGUCGAUUUGCCUUCACCGAGCCUUCGGCUUUGGCGAAGAGGCAGAAGCUGUCAGGAGAUUCAAGAUGCUGCCCUUUGGCUUGUCGUGAGCGAUGCGAAGAGAACCAAACCCGAAACCUCUCCAUCGAGCUUGUCGUAUGGAGACUGGGGGCACCGCCGGACUCAGAGAGGGUACUCCGAACACGGAAAUGGAUGGCAUGGUUGUCUUCCAUAUUUCCAUGUCAAUCUUCAUCAUCCAGUUAGUUGAAGACACGGCCCCACAGUGGAG